CGAGCAAGAAAAUGGCGCUGGCAGAGAUGCGAAUGGAUUGGGCGGACAGGAGGACCCUUCAGAAAUCUCUGCUCGAGCGGGAAGAUUGAUCGUGAAUCGUUAAAGUCUCUCACAAAUCUCCACUCAUUUUUUCUCAUCUUCCUCUCGCAGUAGCAGUAGCAGUAGCAGCAGCAGUAGCAACAGCGAUGGCAGCGAUGGCCGCCCCGCAUUGCCUCCUAGGGUUCUUGCUCCUCGCCUUCUUGAUUCUCGCAGCGUCCCACCAAGAACACCAAGAAUCCAAGAAUCCGGCUCAAAGAAAGCUCCUCCAGCAGCCGCCGGCAGCGGCAUUCCCGAAUCCCAGCCUCCAGGCGGCCUACAUUGCGCUCCAGGCAUGGAAGUCGAGGAUCACGGGCGAUCCCCAGGGCAUCACCGCGACAUGGAUUGGACUGGACGUCUGCCGCUACCGCGGCGUGUUUUGCUCGCCCGCGCCGGACGACUCGUGCAAGGAGGUGGUGAGCGGCAUCGAUCUAAACCACGGCUUUCUCUCGGGGACGCUGCCCGAGGAGCUCGGCCUCCUCACCUAUCUCGCCCUCUUCCACAUCAACACCAAUCUCUUCUGCGGCACGCUACCCGGAUCCAUGGCCGCGCUCCUCCUCCUCUACGAGCUCGACGUCUCCAACAACAGGUUCUCGGGCCCCUUCCCGCUCGUCACGCUCGCCAUGCCAUCGCUCGCCUACCUCGACCUCCGCUACAACGGCUUCUCCGGCGAGCUCCCGGGCGCGCUCUUCGACAAGCACCUCGACGCGCUCUUCGUCAACAACAACCAAUUUGCGGCCCAGGUGCCAUGGAAUCUGGGCAGCUCCACCGUCUCGGUCGCCAAUUUCGCGAACAAUCGCUUCUCCGGGGGGAUCCCGCCCAGCAUCGGCAACAUGCGCCGCACGCUCAACGAGAUCAUCUUCCUCGGCAACCGAUUCGAUGGCUGCAUCCCGGGCGAGAUCGGGCUCCUCGACCAGCUCAACGUCUUCGAUGUGAGCUACAACUCGCUAGGCGGUGGCCUCCCGCCCAGCAUCGCGCAGAUGAUCAGCCUCGAGCAGCUGGACGUGGCGUUCAAUCUCCUCACCGGCGACGUGCCCGCGGCGAUCUGCGAUCUCCCCAACCUCGAGAACUUCACGUUCGCGGGGAAUUUCUUCUCCGGGGAGAGCCCGGAUUGCCUGGCGCUGCCGUCGCGGGGGAGGAUCGUGGACGACCGCGGCAAUUGCAUCCCCAAUCGGCCGCUCCAGCGGCCCGCGCAGCAGUGCCAGGCGUUUCUAUCGCAGGAGCCAUCGUGCUUCCCAUUGCCGCCCAAGUCGUUCUUCCCCAAUCCCCCUCUCCCCUGCUCGCCGCCGCCUUCCACUCCUCCCUACUAGAUCUCUUUUGCUAGAACUAGAUCACGGGUCCAUCCACCGAUCAAUGAUCGAUGCUAGUUUUUUUCGUUUGUUCUUCGCAGUCCGGAAUAACAAAAUCUAUAAAUCUCUUGACAAGGA